AUGGUUAGGACACGAGGAAAUAUAUCUAGACGUGGUUCAAAUGAUGCACCCGAGAGUUCGAGACAGGGUGGUGCACGAAAGAGACCGACAACAUCGGCUCGUAGAAGGGGUCAGCAUGAGGCUAAUGUUAUUCAUGAUGAUAUUGUUGAGAAUGAGGUUUCUGACGUUCCUCAGGAGGACGAGCAGGGGAUUGAUAACGAUGGUGGAGGAUUUCCUGGUGGUCCAUAUGAUACAUCUUUAUUGACCCGGUACCAAGAUCAUGUUGCACGCACGCAUGAUAUGGGAUGGUCAGCUUCUGGAUUAUCGCCUUUGUGCGACAUUUUAUAUGAAUAUAUCGAUCUUGGGUUAGUAUUGGGUUUCGUGGAGAGAUGGCAUCCCGAAACUAAUACUUUUCAUCUACCCAUUGGGGAGAUGACCAUCACUUUGGAUGACGUAUGGUCACUUCUCCAUCUUUCCAUUAGUGGAAACUUUUGCUCCACUGAAAAUCUAGAAUAUGAAGAUUCUGUUGAGAUUUUGACGACACUUCUUGGUGUUGACCGGGCCAUGGCUUGUGUGGAGCUGAAUCAAAGUCGGGGUGCACAGGUCCGACUUAGCUAG